CCCAACUAAAGAAAACCCCUGCAGAAUCCCUCUAUUUGACACCGGCCCUCGUUCCCUACACUUUAGUAGUCUCUCCAAUCACACAACUUGUUUGUUUACCAAGAAAAAUCAGAGGAAAAAUAAGAAAGAAAAUAUGAGCAGCUGGAAAAGUCUUCUUCUUCGAAUUGGCGACAAAAGCUCAGAGUACAAUUCAUCUUCCGAUUUCAAAGACCACAUUGAAACUUGCUUUGGAGCUUUACGGAGAGAGUUGUUGCAUUCUUCUUCUGAAAUUUUACCUUUCCUUCUCCAAUGUUCGGAACAAUUGCCUCACAAGAUUCCCUUGUAUGGAACAUUGAUUGGUUUGUUAAAUUUGGAAGAUGAGGACUUUGUUAAAAAGAUAGUUGAGAAUACACAAGACAGUUUUCAGGAUGCUCUGGAUUCUGGAAAGUGUGACAUAAUUCGUAUUUUAAUGCGGUUUCUGACUGUUUUGAUGUGCAGCAAAGUAAUCCAACCUGCUUCACUAGUAGUUGUCUUUGAAACUCUAUUAUCAUCAGCUGCAAUAACAGUUGAUGAGGAGAAAGGAAAUCCUUCCUGGCAAGCCCGUGCUGACUUUUAUGUGAUUUGCAUUUUGUCUUGUCUUCCAUGGGGAGGAGCAGAACUCGCUGAGCAAGUUCCUGAGGAGAUAGAAAGAGUAUUGGUUGGUAUACAAGCCUAUUUGAGCAUUCGAAGGCAUACUUCUAACUCUGGAUUAUCCUUUUUUGAGGAUGGUGAGUCUGGAGGGGACAUUGAAAAGGAUUUCCUUGAAGAUUUAUGGGAACGAAUACAAGUUCUAUCUAACAAUGGGUGGAAAGUAGAAAGUGUUCCAAGGCCCCACCUAUCAUUCGAAGCGCAGCUGGUUGGGGGAAAGUCUCACGAGUUUGGGCCCAUUAGCUGUCCUGAGCAGCCAGAGCUGCCUUCAACAAUUUCUGCCGUAGCUUAUGGAAAGCAAAAACAUGAGGCAGAGUUGAAGUAUCCUCAAAGGACACGCAGGCUUAAUAUUUUUCCUGCUAGUAAAACAGAGGAUCUGCAGCCAAUUGAUCGCUUUGUUGUCGAAGAGUAUUUGCUGGAUGUGCUUUUGUUCUUCAAUGGAUGCCGAAAGGAAUGUGCUUCUUUCAUGGUAGGCCUGCCUGUGCCCUUUCGAUAUGAGUACUUAAUGGCAGAGACAAUAUUCUCUCAGCUGCUUCUGUUACCGCAUCCCCCAUUCAAGCCAAUAUAUUACACGCUGGUUAUUAUGGAUCUCUGUAAGGCUCUUCCUGGGGCCUUUCCUGCAGUUGUAGCUGGUGCAGUUCGUGCUCUUUUUGAUAAAAUUGCUGAUUUAGACAUGGAGUGUCGAACGCGCCUUAUCCUCUGGUUUUCACACCAUCUAUCAAAUUUCCAAUUUAUUUGGCCGUGGGAUGAAUGGGCUUAUGUUCUGGACCUCCCAAGGUGGGCUCCACAGCGUGUAUUUGUUCAAGAGGUUUUGGAAAGAGAAGUUCGUUUGUCAUAUUGGGAUAAAAUAAAGCAGAGCAUUGAGAAUGCACCUGCUCUUGAAGAGUUGCUACCACCCAAGGGUGGUCCAAAUUUUAAGUAUAGUGGAGUUGAUGGUCAAGGAAAAACCGAACAAGAGCAGGCACUAUCUGCAGAGCUUAGCAACAAGGUGAAAGGAAGGCAGUCAGCACGUGAGAUAAUUGUAUGGAUCGAGGAAAGUAUAUAUCCUAUUCAUGGCCUGGAAGUUACCCUCAGUGUGGUUGUACAAACUCUUCUUGACAUUGGAUCUAAAAGUUUCACUCAUCUGAUCACCAUCUUGGAGAGGUAUGGACAGGUCAUGGCAAAACUUUGCUCUGAUCAGGAUAAGCAGGUCAUGCUCAUAGCUGAGGUCGGUUCAUAUUGGAAGAACAAUGCACAAAUGACAGCUAUAACAAUUGAUAGGAUGAUGAGUUGUCGUCUCGUAUCAAACUUGGCCAUUGUGAGAUGGGUCUUCUCUCCUGAAAACAUUGAGCAAUUUCAUUUAUCCGAUUGUCCAUGGGAGGUUCUCAGGAAUGCAGUUAGUAAAACAUACAAUCGUAUCACUGAUCUAAGGAAAGAGAUUUCAUCUCUGAAGAAAGGUGUUAUAUCUGCAGAAGAAGCUGCAUCUAAGGCGAAAGCCGAUUUAGAGGCUGCUGAGUCAAAGCUUUCUCUAGUGGAAGGUGAACCUGUUCUUGGCGAAAACCCUGCGAAGUUAAAGCAUUUAAAAUCUGUGGCUGAAAAGGCUAAGGAAGAGGAAGAAUCCAUGCAUGACUCUUUAGAGGCCAAAGAGGCUCUUCUUGCUCGAGCACUAGAUGAAAAUGAGGUUCUGUUCCUUUCUCUAUACAAAAAUUUCUGUACUGUAUUGAUGGAACAUUUGCCUGAUGCAUCCAGCGAUGUUACAUUGCAAUCAUUAAAGUCUAUCCAUGGAGAUUCAAUGGCUGUUGAUCUUGAAGAAUCAUCGACUAUGGAGGUGGAUGAUGAGAAUGGAAUACCUAAGAAGAGUCAGUCAAAUGGAGGUAAAGCGUCAAAUACUUGCAAUGUAAAGGAAAAAGAACAAUGGUGUUUAUCUACUCUGGGCUAUGUCAAGGCUUUCUCAAGGCAAUAUGCAUCUGAGAUAUGGCCUCACAUCGAGAAGUUGGAUGCGGAGGUGUUCACUGAAGAUGUCCAUCCUCUUUUGCGGAAAGCUGUUUAUUCCGGUCUUCGCCAGAUGAGCAACGAGUUGUAACUUGGAUGAUGAUAUGCUGAAACUUUAUCCAUUUUCGACAUCAAUCGGUACCCCCCCUCUUUCACCCUUUAAUUUUUUAUGUACAUGAAUCAAGACAAGUGAGAACAUUGUUCAUGAUCGAUCACCGUUUAAUUUAUUGUCAGAAGUAGAUGCAAUUGUUUCGAUAAUUUAGUGAUGAAUUUGAUGUGAUGUGUACUAACACGGCCCUCCUAAGUCCUAUGUAGUCGAUUUGCCUGGUAUAAGCUUUUAGUGUGAGCAACAAUUCUGAUGAGUUUUAUUCCUAAACCUUGUAGACAUACUCAACUUCAAAUGUUUUCAGUGUUAUUCCUGGAAAUUAUCAUACCCCUUGAGAAAAA